CUUCAUAGGCCGGGACAAGCCCGGCAGGGACCACACAGGGGUGACUAUGGAAUUGUUUGGGAAAGAAGGUUCGUCAGGAGUGGAAGUAUGACCUCCUGUUCUGGUUCAGCCCCAAUGUGGCUGUGUGACAUGGACAGAUGAGCUGUAGCUUGGCUGUGGCAGAGUUGCUGAGUGGGGCAGAGUUUGGGACGGGUCUGUUGCGCUAUACCUGCUGGAGGGAGGAAGGAACCGCUGAAGAUCCAGUCCCAAAGACUGGGCAGAAGAGAGGCAGGUCAGAGAUGGAUCUGCUGCUGGCUUCUUCCUGGAGUCCUCCUCAGAGGCUGGGUCAGGACACAGCAGUUCUGCCAUUAGGGUUAAGGAUAGAAAUUGACACUUCAUCCAGAGAAAACUGGAUAGAGCCUGGCCGAGGGCAACUCAAGAGUUAACCUUGACAGCAUGAGAGGAUGGGAUACAGGGCCCACCCCGAGACCCACGAUGGCCCCUGUGCACGUGCUCAGGCCCAUACGAAGGAUACUGCAGAAGGAGAUGGUGCGGGAGUGCCUGGCAGAGUUCAUGAGCACCUAUGUCAUGAUGGUAUUUGGUCUUGGUUCCGUGGCUCAUAUGGUUCUGGGACAGCAAAAGCUUGGGAGCUUUCUUGGUGUCAACUUGGGUUUUGGCUUCGGAGUCACCAUGGGAGUGUACGUGGCGGGCAGCAUCUCCGGGGCCCACAUGAACGCAGCAGUGACCUUCACCAGCUGUGCCGUAGGCCGAAUGCCCUGGAAGAAGUUCCCCGUGUAUGUGCUGGGCCAGUUCCUGGGCUCCUUCUCAGCUGCGAGCACCAUCUACUUAUUAUUCUAUAGUGCCAUUUACAAUUUUGCAAGCGGAGAACUGUUGGUGACAGGUUCCAAGGCCACCGCGGGCAUCUUUGCCACCUAUCUCCCUGAACACAUGACCUUGUGGCGGGGCUUCCUGGAUGAGGUAUUCUUGACCGGAAUGCUCCAGCUGUGUCUCUUCGCCAUCACUGACAAGGAUAACAGUGCAUCACUUCAAGGGGCUGAUGCCCUGGUGAUAGGCAUCCUUGUUUGCGUUAUUGGGGUGUCCCUCGGCAUGAACUCGGGAUAUGCAAUCAACCCAUCCCGUGACCUGCCUCCCCGCAUCUUCACUUUCAUUGCUGGCUGGGGCAAACAAGUGUUCAGUGCCGGGGACAAUUGGUGGUGGGUGCCAGUGGUGGCACCCACCCUGGGUGCCUACAUAGGUGGCAUUGUGUACCUGGGCAUAAUUCACCCCAGCAUACCACGGAAUCCUCAGAGACCGGAGAACUCUGCACCAGGAAACCAGAACGUAACCGUACCACCCAAGGUUCCCCUCACCUCCGUCACCUCCACCUAACCUGCCCCAUCCCUCUGUGGCUCUAUGCCUCUGGGGUGCUUCUAAGUAGAGCUAUCUGUGACCACAACCCUGCUGCAAUAAAGCACACCUCACUGGCA